AUGGAACUAAGUGCAAAAGGAAAUGGAAAAAAUCACGUUGAAGAUCUUGUGAAAUGUCAAAAAGAGUUAUUACAGGAGAAAUCUAGACUCACUAAGAAGCUCAGUGAUCUAAAGCAAAAGAAAAAUGAAUUGGAUCAUCAGCUAAUGGAAAUAGAGAAUAAACACAUGCAAGUUAUGGAAACAAGAAACAAAGGACUCGAUACACUUAAAAUAGCACAGCAUAAAGUGGAACAGAGCCAAAGCCAGUGUAACAGCCUUGAAACUAUUCAUAAAGACAGACGAACCAUAAUCGACCAACUCUCAAGUGAAACUAGACAACAGAAAGCGUUGAAGCAGCAGAAUGUGAUGCAAUUUCUUAAUAUCCUAGCAGAAAUGGCAGAUAGACUUCGAUAUGAAAAAGAUGCACAUAAGCGCGAAUCACUGAAUCAAAAGUGUUGUGAAGUUGAGAAGCUGAAAAUUGAAUUAGAGAAGGAAGUGCGUCAGCAAGAUCAAGAGAAGAUGGACUUGGAAACAAUGUUGUUGACAUUGCAAAAGGAAACCAGGGAUGACUUAGAAAUUCCACUAGAGCAACAGCUCUCUGUCUUUAACAUGUUUAAAGACGAAAAUUCAGCAGCAAACGCUAAUUUGGUAUUGAUAGAACAAUCCGAAGCCAAUCAAGCCAUAUCACUGCAGGUUAGAUCAUUGCAUAAUUAA